AUGGACCCUGGGUCUCCGAUGGCCGACAGGCAUGCCAAAGUAAGCAAUGCCUGCUUGGACGCUCUCGAAGGCCUGCCCCAUACCUUCCCGCCCUAUUCUUACGACGAACAUUCCUCAGAAGUGAUCCACAGCACAGGUAUCGAGGAAUCCGGCCAGAGUUUUCUCCAAACACGAGUCGACCCAGAGGUGUAUGAAACCCAAUCUUACAUCGACUCUUUUCACGAUUCACCCGCCAUCGUCGAGCGCUUCCCUGAUCAUUUCGUCAGUCUCGACGACCAGCAAUUUGCUUGCAACGAUGCCUUCCGUGGUGAUACAAUAAACGGACCGGCUUGGAGCGCCGCCUGUGUUGAUGCACUUGCCUGCACGUCGGCCACACUUCGCACACACAACAACGCAGUUAUCUACUCGGCAGAGCCGAUCUCCACCCGCGAUGAUUCAUACAUUGAGCAAGUCGAACAAGCAUCAGAUCUAUCGAUCGGAUUUGUUGUGUGCGACACGCAGGCGGAUGCUACCUCAUAUGCAUCCGCUGAACCAAAUGAUCUCAUCUUAUGGGACGAACAUACUCAACCCCUGCAGCCUGAUUAUGUCACGCUGUCCGACUUAGAUGUGAUGCGAAGCCAAACCGAAUAUGAAGACAUGCAAGGUAUUGAGUGGUACCCUGAUGACGAUCGUCGACUUGUAGACUCAUACCCAACACCUGCAACCCAACCACGCAGUGAAGUGGGUUCAGAUCUUCCGCUAGGAGCUCCUCCCUGCGGGCGAUCGCAGACAGCAGAGACAGUCUCAGGAUCUCAAGACUCGAAGACGAAAUGUCCGCAGAAGGAAAUCGACCCCAUCAAGAAAUGGCUUUACGACCAUCCUCACGAUCCAUAUCCUACUACCAAAGAGAAGGCGGAGCUUGCUGCCGCUGCUGGCAUCACCGCGCUUCAGUUAAGGCGUCGCUUGAUUAACCUCAGAGGGCGUGACAAACAUGUGCUUGACAGAUUAUGCAGCGGAUCACCCGCUACCUCCAAGGCCUCUACCGCUCUACAGGGCCAAAGUACUUCAGGAACAGCCAAAAACCCGGGACGCAAGGGCAAGAGACGUUAUCAGUCAAGGGCUUCAUCCGCCGUGGGAGACGCUUCGAUGAUGCAUGUCGCCGAGACCCCCAAUGAUAACAAAGUAAAGGCUACCAAUAAGUAUCACUGCACACAGUGCGAAUCGAAAUCCUUCAAGGACUCGUACUCCUGGAGACGGCACGAGACUGGAGUUCAUCACUUCGGAGGUACCCGGUGGUACUGUAUGCUCAACAACCAACACAUCAUGGCAGGUGGGAAGUGCGUAUUCUGCUCCGACAUCAUUGAUGAUGUGAGCCACAUCAACCAGCACAACGUCCAGAUCUGCAUGGGGAAGGACAAGGAUGCACGCGUCUUCUAUCGCAAGGAUGGUCUCAAGCAACACGUUAUAUCAGCGCACCUACAUACCGCGAACGACUACACCAAGAGGGGAUUUAAACCUCCAAAAGCAUGGUCGGAAACAGAGGACAGAUACUCGCCGGACCCUGAAGGCCUUUGGUGUGGCUUCUGCCAGCGUUCGUUCAAAACUACCGCUGUGCGAAUGGACCACGUUGAGCAACACUUUGAGGAUGGGUUUCGGAUGAGUGCGUGGGUUAGUAGGAUGGAUGCUUACAAGAGAACAGUCGCUUGAGAUUGUUUCUGACGGAUUUCCCGUCCGUAUUGUCUUCCUGCCACAGUGUUCGCAGUAGCGGCGUACUCGGUGAAUGACCAUAGGCGAUGUGUACAUAGAAUGUCCGCUACGGAUGGAUGGACUAUUGGUUAGCAGCCUUCUCUGAUAAUUUUACGUGAUUCGACUGUCAGCUACCCGUCGCGUUCAGGCAGUUGUGUGCAACAGCCGGAUCACGGCUUGGCGUACGGCGUUCAGGAUGGCAUGCCUUGUAUGGCUGACAUGAGAAUACCUAUUCAUGAGAAGACAAC